CUAGAGUCCAGUGGUGGCAUGCUUUACACCACGGCAUCCAACGCUUUGCAUUGCACUUGGUGAUGUAAGGCUUGGAUGCAGCUGCUCAGCCAUGGAAACCCAUUCCAUGAAGCUCUCUACGCACUGUUGUUGGGCUCAUCUGAAGGCCACACCAAGUUUGGAGGGCUGCAGCUAUUGACUCUGCAGACAGUUGGCGACUUCUGCGCACUGUGCGCUUCAGCAUGUGCUGACUCCGCUCUGUCAUGUGACGUGGCCUACUACUUGGUGGCUGAGUGGCUGUUGUUCCCAGUUGCUUCCACUUUGUUAUAAUCCCACUAACAGUUGAGCGUGGAAUAUUUAGUAGCCAGGAAAUGUCACAGAUGGACUUAUUGCACAGGAGGCCACCUAUCACGGGACCACGCUUGGAGUCACUGAGCUCCUGAGAGCGACCCAUUCUUUCACCAAUGUUUGUAGAAGCAGGGCUUGAUUGUAUACACCUGUGUCCAUGGAGGGGAUUGGAACACCUGAAUCACAUGAUUUGGAGGGUGGCCCAAUACUUUUGGCAGUAUGGUGUAUCUCUG